UCAAAGCUUUCCCAGCUAUAAGACAGCCUGGCUUGUGUGGGUACAUUGGAUUUCGAAGUUUUGAGGAACAGCCUGAGCACAAGGAGCAAAGUGGUUUAUCUGAAAGGAAUGGAGAAGGCCUCGGAUGCUGAAGCAAAGAUGCUGAGAACUCUGUAGAGUGUUCCAAAAAGCGGAUAAAAUAACAAACAUGUUACGCAACUCUGCAUUUCUGGUUAUUGCUGCUUUGCAUUGGCUCAUAACACACAAACGCAGUGCUGGCAAUGUUGCCAUUGCAGAUGCUUCAAUAAUCCCAGUUGGAGAUCCUAACAUUGCAGUGGGAAAAAUGUCGUCCCAGUCGAGCACGUAUGAAGAAAAGGGGAAGUCAAAAAAGGCCAUAGAUGGUUCACUGGCCAAUAGUUAUGCUAAUGGAGACUGCACCCUGACGAGGAAGGAUUUUGAGCCCUGGUGGAUGGUAGAUUUGAAUUCAGCAUUUCAGGUAUCUGCUGUGGUGAUCACAAACAGAGGAGACUGUUGCGAGUCAAGGAUAAAAGGAGCGGAGAUUCUCAUUGGAGAUUCGCCACAGAAGGGAGGCACGAUGAAUCCCAGGUGUGCUACAAUCAACAGCAUGGGGCGUGGGGAAACCAUGUCCUUCACCUGUGCAGGGAUGCAGGGCCAGUAUGUGACCAUUACAAUCCCGGGGAGAUACGAGUUCCUCUCACUCUGUGAAGUGCAAGUUCUCGCACACCCAUGGCUCCAUGUGGUUCAUGAUGGUGGACGGAGCCCUGUGAGAGACAGUGAAACUGAUUUAGGUCUGCAGGGCAGAGUUCUGAGUUUCCUUAAUGAAUCGAAGGAGAGUUAUGUUGUCAUAUCUCCACUGCAGCCUCUGAAUGUCAUGGAAUUCACGCUCUGCAUGAGGGUCUCAGUAGAGGAUCUGAGCGAUCACAAAGUCAUUCUCUUCUCCUACCGUUCUCAAAAGGACGAACUGAGGAUCUUGCGUGAGGCAAAGGGCUGCUUUGGCUUACACAUGGGAGGUCAGAGUGUGAUGUUUGCCCUCCCUGAUCUCAGCACUUUGGGAAGUCAUAUGUGUGUCACCUGGGAAGCUGAGUUUGGCCUCACCGCCUUUUGGAUGAAUGGGAAAAGGAGCGUCCGAAAAGUGCACAACGUAGGGCAUAUUGUUCAGUCGGGGGGCACUGCAAUGCUUGGAUGGGAUCAGAGUGCACAAAAUACAUCCGAACAGCAGAAACGGCGUUUUGUGGGGGAAAUAACGGAUCUCUACAUGUGGGAUUAUGUACUGAAAUCUCAAGACAUUCAAGAUGUGUUCCAGGUCCACCAGUUUCCUAGAGGAAACAUCUUUGACUGGAAAAUGUUAUCGUACAAGAUUACGGGGAAUGUGCUGGUAUUACCUAUCUCCAAUGUGGCCCUCACAGGAGAAGCUUUACAAUCCAGCACCUACAACCCGCUGGGAGAAGCUAUGAAUGCCAUUGAUGGAUCUUUAGUAGGUGUAUUUACAGAGGGAUCCACACAGAUUAUGAAUGCAAUCCAUGGUGGACGAUGUGCUGUAAUAAAUUCUUUGGAUGCUGGGGAAACACACAGUUUUUACUGCGAAGCGUCAAAAGGGCAGUUUGUUACAAUUACCCUACCAAGGGGCGGAUACCUCACGCUUUGUGAAGUCCAGGUGUUUGGUCAGAAGAUAGAUUCCAGUGCCGGCCAUGAGCCAGAGAAGAACAAGCCACUCACACCAGGAGAACAAGUUAACACUUCUGCCAUUGAGGAGGACACCAUGCUUUUAAGAAGAACCUCCGUAUUUGUGGCAUUUUAUCUCUGCCUGCUGCUUAUGACUCCUUUGCCAAUGCUAACUUUCCAAGAAGAAUUCACUUGCCCAGAGAACUGGUUGAAGCGUGAAGGAAACUGUUAUGGCUACUUCGAGGAACCUCUGACCUUUGCACAGGCUAGGGAGAAAUGCCAAAAGGAACAUCGUGCCGACCUAGUCUCUUUCCAUAGCAAGGAAGAAGUCUGUGCAAUUGCGAAAUUUGUUGCCGGCUUCAGUGACAACAAAGAUGUUUGGAUAGGUCUCCAUGAUCCUCAAAAGUUGGAGGAGAGCAGCAUCCACCAGAGUUCACUAACCUCGUUCCAGUUCUGUUUGGGGCACUCAAAUCAAGAGCGCUUCUCUUGGGAAGUGUUCUCUCCUGAGCCUGGCCAGCCUCUUUUUACAGAUCCUGCAAAAAAAAAGGACACAAUGGUUCCAAGAAGGACCGUGAAAUACUGCCUUUCGCUGCUGCUUUUGACCAUCCUGCCUUCCCGACCUGCGUUGGAGGUCUCCAAUGUGGCCUUCACCGGAGAAGCUUUACAAUCCAGCACCUACAACCCGCUGGGAGGAGCUAUGAAUGCCAUUGAUGGGUCUUUAGUAGGUAUAUUUACAGAGGGAUCCUGCACCCACACAGAUUAUGAAAGUAAUCCAUGGUGGACGGUAGACUUGCAGGCGCAGUAUCAAGUAGUCCAUGUAAGCAUCACCAAUCGGGAAGACUGCUGUGCUCACCGUCUUAAUGGGGCUGAAAUCCGAGUUGGGAACUCCACAGAGAGAGGAGGCACCACAAAUCCUAGAUGUGCUGUAAUAAAUUCUUUGGAUGCUGGGGAAACACGCAGUUUUUACUGCGAAGCGUCAAAAGGGCAGUUUGUUACAAUUACCCUACCAAGGGGCGGAUACCUCACGCUUUGUGAAGUCCAGGUGUUUGGUCAGAAGAUAGAUUCCAGUGCUGACCAUGAGCCAGAGAAGAACAAGCCACUCACACCAGGAGAACAAGUUAACACUUCUGUUCCCAAUGUGGCUCUUGAAGGGAAAGCAUUUCAGUCCAGUAUCUACAAUGCACUUGGAAACCCUGAGAAUGCCAUCGAUGGGCAUAUAAUUAGUGACUAUAUGCGUGGCAGCUGCACACACACACAACUAGAAUUUAAUCCAUGGUGGACAGUGGAUUUGGGAGCAGAGUUUCGUGUGUCCAGGGUUAGCAUCACCAAUCGAGGAGACUGCUGUGCGAGGCGGUUAAAUGGGGCAGAAAUCCGAAUUGGAAGCUCACCAGUAAAAGGAGGAAUCACAAAUCCAUGGUGUGCGACAAUUAGAUCAUUGGCCUCAGGGGCAACAGCCAUUUAUGACUGUGGAGAAUUGCAAGGGCGGUAUGUGACUAUCACCAUCCCAGGCAUUCAUAUCCUCUCACUGUGUGAAGUUCAAGUGUUUGGUGAAAAGCUACCUUCCUCGGGAGAUGAAAAAGAGACCUCAUCUGGAACUACACAAGAAGCAGAAGUUUUUUCACCAAUUGAACAAUGGGAAAAGGCAAGAGAACCCAAACAGCCGUGGGAAGAAGCAAAAGAGAAGUGGCAACCCUAUACAACGGUCUACAAUGCAGCUCUUGAAGGAAAGGCAUUCCAGUCCAGCAUCUUCAAUGAUCUGGGAUCUGCUGAGCAUGCCAAUGAUGGCUCUACGUCUGCUGACUAUUUGCGUGGACACUGCACUCACACCCAAGAAGAAGCUAAUCCGUGGUGGACAGUGGACCUUAGGGAAAGAUUUGAUGUGUCCAGUGUAGUGAUCACCAAUCGAGGGGACUGUUGUGCGGAAAGGAUAAAUGGUGCUGAAAUUCGAGUUGGGGACUCGGAUGAAGAAGGAGGCAUCAGAAAUCCUAGGUGUGCCACCAUCACUUCACUGGGUUUGGGAGAAACAAAAAAAUAUGACUGUGAGGGAAUGCUGGGACGGUAUGUGACUAUUACCAUUCCAGGCGAAGCCAAAUAUCUCACCCUCUGUGAAGUUCAAGUUUUUGGUCACAGGAGAACUCCCCCAGUUCCCAAUGUGGCCCUCGAAGGUGAGGCAUCCCAGUCCAGUACCUACAACCAACUAGGAGUUGCAAAGAAUGCCAUUGAUGGGUCCACCUGCACUAACUAUAUGCGUAGAUCAUGCACUCACACGGAUAUAGAGCUGAAUCCAUGGUGGGCGGUGGACUUGAAGGGAGAAUUUGAUGUGUCUAGCAUAAGCAUCACCAAUCGAGAAGACUGUUGUGCAGACCGGCUGGAUGGGGCUGAAAUCCGCAUUGGCAACUCCUUUGAGAAUGGCGGUUCUGCAAAUCCCAGGUGUGCCACUAUCACCUCACUAGGUGCUGGAGAAACCCGCAGUUACAAUUGUGGAGGAUUCAAAGGGCAGUAUGUAACAUUGACCAUCCCAGGCAUUCAGUAUCUCACCCUGUGUGAAGUUCAAGUGUUUGGUGUGAAGGUGGAUUCAUCUGGACAUCCAGACAUCCCGUCUGAAAAGGAAGAAGCAUAAUUGAGAAUUAUAUUUUAUGGGACAGCAGAAAUUGUGUAACCAAGAGCCGCUAGAUUUGUAGAAAGACAUCACAAAUUAUAGUUAAUCAGUGGUAACAAGAAGGAACCUGGUUGGCUGUCUAGAAGAACCUGCACCCAGAGGGAUGUCAACACCUUCCAUGACCGCUACAAUCCCAAAUAAACAGUAGAACUUGCAACUC